GGCGCAGCUGCCCUCGAGCGUCCUCUGCUGAGGGCGAGGUAGGCGACGGACGGAGGCAGAGGUUGGGCUAGGCGUCCUAGAGGGAUCCCGCCGUGAGCCGCGCCAUGCCAGAUAGCUGGGACAAGGACGUAUAUCCCGAGCCCCCGCGCCGCACGCCGGCGCCCUCCCCACAGACCUCGCUGCCCAACCCCAUCACCUACUUGACGAAGGCCUUCGACCUCCUCGUGGACCGGCCUGUGACCCUCGUGAGAGAGUUUAUAGAGCAGCAGCAUGCGAAGAACAAGUAUUACUACUACCACCGGGAGUUCCGCCGGGUGCCGGACAUCACCGAGUGCAAGGAAAAGGAUAUCCUGUGCAUGUUUGAGGCAGAAAUGCAAUGGAGAAGAGACUACAAAGUUGACCAAGAAAUUGUCAACAUUAUCCAGGAAAGGCUGAAGGCCUGUCAGCAGAGGGAAGGUGAGAGCUACAGGCAGAACUGUGCCAAGGAGGUGGAGCAGUUCGCCCAAGUGGCCAAGGCUUAUCAGGACCGUUAUCAUGACUUAGGGGCCCACUACUCUGCCAGGAAGUGCCUGGCAAAACAGAAGCAAAGGAUGCUUGCAGAGAGAAAAGCUGCUAAAGAGGCUGCUGCUGCUACUCCCUGAGCCCCUCUCAUGUGACAGUCACUACUGUUAAAUAAAGAGUACUGAAACCUG